GAUCCUUGCAGUCACGAAAGCUUCAAAUCUAGAAUUUGUGUGUUCAGUUUGUUGGCCUUCCCCCCCAACACCUCCGAUUAGCAAGUUUAGCUACAUAAGGUGCGAAAGAAGUUCAACAUCCGUACAUACAAGCACGACAGCACACAGUGUUGCUCGCUGGAUUUAACAGGAUUUUAUGCAGUUUUGCAACCUGCAAUCAAACGUACGGCUUGUUAAUGCAUCUGCAGCUUAUGGAUGAGUUGGAUUUUAAGAUUUUUUUUAAGGACAAUGCUGUAUCUUUUUCAUUAUUUUUCGGAGGCCCUCAUCCAUCAGUGAAUUGACAAAGGACUGUGCACAUACACAUGCAACAUGCUUUCUUCCAGCAGAUAAAGAGUGGUCUCAUUGCAGAGCGAUGGCAGAUAACUUGCGGUGGGGCAAAGUGUGGGUACUCCCACUGUGUACAGCAUGCCUGGAAAGAAUUCAAAGAGGAGGAUAAAUACAAACAAGUCAAAGUUCGCCUGUGUAGCCUGCAUACACUGUUGGGGCAAUUGCUGUUAGCGAACACCUAUGAAGGACAAAAUGGUACAUGCGGUGGUGUGGCCAACACCAUGCCCAACUGCUUUUGUCCCCCCGCUGCUGAUGUUUAAACAUCGCUGAAUCAAUCUAGGAGAAACCCAGGACUGGCUUAGAUAAUCACCAGUGAUGUUAGCGGUGGCUGGGAAUGGAACUGGUUGCUGGGCUUAUAGUGCAGUGCGCUAACCGCUACACAAGCACUUACACACAUUACAUGCACACACACCACAAACCCCUUUAGGCAAAUGGAAGUCGCGCUGGUGUUCCCCCUCUUGCGCGACGUUGCCACUUCCACACGUGGGGUAUCGCUUCGCUUGGCCCGCGGCGGCAGGAAGCCGGUACUGGUUGGCCAAAGGAGCAGAAGGAUUAGGGCAAAGCAUGAUUGACUUUUAAGGUGCUUCACAACGCAGGGUGACAGAUGAGAGGGGCGACCGGGAGCACUGAAGAUUUAUUAAGCGAGAGCCUACUCCCAAUCACUUAGCUCAAGGCUGUGAGUAAAUGAUGCAGCAUGCCAGCACAUUUUAAUUGGAGCGCUGCACUGCACAGACUGAGUAAAGACCAAAUUUCACGUGAGGUCGAUGAAGCAUAUAUUUCUUAGUGUUUUUUUCCAUCUAUGAUGUGGGGCUCACCAGGUAAACGAGUGCAACCCACAAGAAUAAUAAGGGGAGGUUGCGGAGAAGAGGGGGCGAGGUGGGGGAGGGGUGCUGCUUGUAAUCAGCGCUGGUUUGGGGUUGGGAGCAGCACAAGUAAGAAGGGAGCAGCAGUUGCAUAGCGGUAACGAGCCUGGGCACAACGAACACUGGCACAGUGCUUCACAUGAGAAGGUAGGAGGAUUACCAAUAUGUAAAAGGCAUUCUAAAUCCAUCAGUCAUUGCUGUUUGUAGCUCAUAAAAUUCAACCGUUGUAAAAAAAAAAAACAGGAUUAAUAUUUACCCAGAUUAAAUUUUCCCUACCGUCCGUUAAUUUCACAAAUCUGUCGGGGCGGAGUGGGGGGGAAGCAUGUCUGCCCUGCAGUGGAAUUCGGUGGGCCUGUACGCUUACGGCACGCUGCUGCUGCUCACCAGCGUCUCCGCCGUGGCCUCCAACGCCGCCUACCUGGUGCUCGUCGCCGCCUUCAAGCCGCUGCGCGCCCAGAGCUCCGUGUUCUCCGUCAACCUCGCCACGUGCGAUCUGCUCAUGGGGCUACUCUGGGCACCGGUCGCGGCCGUCGGCAGCCUACAGGCGGCGUCCGACCGGCAGCAGCCCCCUAUCAACGCGAGCGCCGCCGCCGCCGCCGCGACGUCGGAGUGGAACGGUACCCUGUGCCAAGCCCAGGCGUUCACCUUCCAGCUGCUGCAGGUGGCGUGCGUGCUCUCGCUGACGCUGAUCAGCGCGGCGCGCUUCGUCGAGAUCCGCUUCUCGCUGCAGUCGGCCGGGCGGGGGCUGUCGGGCGCCCGCGGCGCCCGCGUGGUGGCCGGCGUGUGGGCGUACGCGCUGCUCACGGCAUGUCUGCCCUUCGCCGGCGUGGGUAGCUACGGCCUGGUGGCGGGCGGCGCGCGGGGGUCGUGCGGGCCCGUGUUUGGCGUGGUGCGCCCGGCGCUGCAGUGCGCGCUGGUGCUGGGCGCCGGCGCGGUGCUGCCGAUGCUGGCACUGUGCGCCAUGUACGGCUACAUCGUGCGGGCGGCGCGCCGGCAGGCCAAGAAGGGCACCUUCAUCUGCAACGACGAGCACUGCUACUACGUGCCGGCCAACCGCUACAUCAAGUGCACCAUCCCGCUUAUCACCGCCGUCGUGACGAUGCUGGUCUGCUGGAGUCCCUACGUCGCCGUGGGUUUCUACUCGGCGCUGGGAGGCCUCCCCGUGCCGCCCAUCGCACAGGCCAUGGCCACCUGGUUGCUCGUCUUCACGUCUGUGCUCAAUCCCUGGACCAACUCUCUCCGACAAAAGAAAUUCCAAAACGCCCUGCACUCGGGCUGGGAGCGAGCAAGGCGGUUCCUGACGGGCGGCCCCGGACCAGGACCCGGACCGGGGGGCACAGGGGACAGGGACCGGGCCUCCUCCGGGAAAGACCCUCAGCUCAGGGUCCCCGGCGAUGGGGAAGAGGCAGUCAGCACUGCGACCUCCUCCUUACCCGCGUGACGACAUGCAACCCGGCGACUAUGAAUGCUUUCGUCUUAUAAGGUGGUUGUUCCGUGGAGGUGAUUGCUCCACUCCACAGCAAUGCGGAAUUUCCAUAACCGGCUAAGGGCCGGUGAGGUACCGUGAUUGGCACUGCCCAUGGCACACAGAAUGAAAUAGGACCCCCUCCUGUCUGCCCUUCCCCCCUCUGCCACUCUGACACGUGGGCACGGUGCAGUUGCACCACCUGUACACUCGAUAGCGAAGCCAAUGACUAGAAUGCUGACCUUUCACUUAUACGCACAGUUGCUUAAAUUUAUGGGUGCGAAAAAGUGUGGUAGUGACGAUAUUGACAUGAGUGGCCUCACUUUCUGUAAUGAGUUGCAUUUCCAAGGCUUUUAGCGGAGUGGAUAUUCGAAACGAUACAAAAUUUCGUAUCUAAAUUUAUCAGAAAAUCGGGAGCACAUUCCUCAACAUUGUUAUAAAACUUUGGGUUAAAACAUUAAAUGUCUGCGUUAUUAUAAGUAAAUCUCACUUGUGUGCUUUUAACGGUGUAUACGGAUCACAAACUGUUAUUUGUGUAAAAGACAGAUAGAAUAGGAAAUGAAUAAACUUUGUCUUUCAAGGCACCUUCCUUAAAACUCAGGGUCCUGGAUACACAUGAAAACUUUUAAUUCCAUGCAAUUAAUGUAAUAUUUUGGUUAAUCUAAGUCAUUAGAGUACAUUAUAAAUAACAUUUAAAAAAGUGUAUGACGUUUGAAGUGGAUUUUGUUUAACCAGUUGACAACUCGAGAGAUACGGAUCGUGUCAUUUGCAAGAGUGACCCUGGGGCAUUUUUCUGCCAGUAGAGGGCGAUGAUUGCUGUCUAUCGUCCCAAAUGAGUCAUAUGCAGUGUCAUGUAUUUUUUUAUUUGACCCUAACGCCAGCGCACAAUGGCUUACUCCUGCAAAUGACCUCGGGAAAUGUUUACCGUUCAGUGUGUACCAGACGGUGUAUUUUAGAUUGAGAGCCGCUGCAAUAAUCGGAGCGAUCGCCGGGAUCGAACUGUGAACCUGCACAACAAGCAGCGGAUGCGCUGCCGCUGGGAAACGUCACGGCCCAGAUGGAAUGAACGAGGAUAGAAACAAAUUGAGGAACGCAGACUGCUAGGAUACGGUCACGUCGGGAUAUGAUGCCACCAAACGGGAAUCCAGGAAAAGCAAUGGUGCCACGUGUGGAAUAGAACAGAGGCACAGGGCGACCAAGACAAAUGUUGACUGGAUAGAGUGAGAGGAAUGACACGGAUACAUCAGCCACAGGUGGAAUAUGAUGAUGAUUGUCAACAGUUGACUGCUGCUGCUACUAUUUCCAGUGCAAAAUUGUGGAUACAACCACCUCUUUAACUGCCGCGUGAUAACCUAAAUCAACAUUUGGUGUCUCAUUAAUGCCCGUGCUCUUAGUCACGGCUCAGCUGAGGCUUGGCUCUGGCUCAAGUGAGCCAGCUCGCAGUCGUACUUAGCUUAAGCCGGCUCUGAGCACGGUCCCAGCCACGCUCAGGAUUUUCCACGAGCUGAUCCCGAGCCAAGCUGCGGCCGUUACUGCUUGCUCACGCGUCUUUGGAAGCUACUUAGUGGGUCAAGUCUGAGCUGAGCUCUAACUGAGACUAUGGCCUCUAAGUUUCCUCCACUCCAGAGGUGGAGAAGAUUACUUUUCCGCGUCGACAAAUAGGUACGUACGCAUGUACGUUGAACUUCUUUCGCACCGUACGUAGCCAACCGUGAUAAUCAGAUGCGGGUUAUCACGAAAAGCAUAUGCACAAUGGUUUAACUGAGUGUUAAGGUUAUGUUUUAGGAUUGCCCUUCAUUGGGAUGUUUGGCCAAUUCCAUAGCAUCGAGUUUUAUUUAGUUAUUAUUGUAUUCAUGUUACUUAUUCGUGUAACGUGUUUAUCGUUUGAGCAGUAAAAUAAAAGUAUAUUCCCCUUUGAGUUUACAUGUGCAUACAUGUAAUACAUACAUAAAUGUAUGAGCGUAUACAUAUAUUCUACUAUAUAUUGUUCGUGAUAUGAACGUAUGUACUGUUAUCGAGUGCCAAUUAAUGGUAACAUGGCAUACAAGAGGGUGGGUCUGGCCACCUUUGUUACUCCAGGGCUGAUGUUUGUACACUCCACGACAAGGUAACCUUUCAGAUAUCACUUGGUACUGUUAUCCAUGGGCAGGAAUUGAACCCUGGAAGAAAACAAUAAAGAGGCGAAUGAGAGUAGCUUGAAGUUUUUUGGGAAAACAGAACUUCACAAUUUAAAUCACCAACACCAUUGGUUCUGAACAAGAACGUUUUUAAAUUUGAAAAAUAUCUCCCAUCACCUGUGGGGGCAAGUGCUGUUAGGGAGUAGCACCUAUGAAGGCCGGCACGGCACACGAGGAGGUGGGUGACCAGCAACCACGCCCGGCCGCCUUUGUCUCCCCAGUACUGAUGUUGUAUACACACCGCCUAUCAGGUACUCACAAAUGUAUACACACACAUGCAUAAAGCACACGCAAUUCAUGCACUGAUUGUUCACACAUGGCUGAAUAUUAGCCCCACAAACUUUGAAUGAGACCGGACAAUUCAAUUGAUAAAAAACACUCACAACGAUCCUCAUUAGCCCUGUGUUACAACAGACAAAACAUGCGUGAGUAAUAGGCUAACGUUUCAUGGAUAUGUCCCUUCAGAGAAGAGGACAAGAUAUUGACUGACUUGAAGUUGUAGAUUGAAUGUUACGCAUGGGCCAUGAAAAAAUUAUAUGUUCAUUUAUUAUUUGUUAAACAUAUUUCUGUCACAGCUAUCUGCUCCAAAUAAGGGCCGUUACCUGAAAUGUAAGCCCGUUAUGUAAGUUUCUGCUGAAACGAGCGCGUUAUUAAUACAUGUAAUGCAUUUGUGGUUUUGCUUGUGUACCACUGAUGACGCAAUUUCUCAAUGUUUUGUAUACUGUCAAUAAAGUGGCUUUCAUGUGUCAA